AUGGUCAGGCGGAGGGUCGGGUUAUGGGUCGUUGAAAUUGUUGACUUGGGAAAGAGGUUGUGGGCUACCGAGGAGAUGAGUCCAGUAAGGGGAGGCUACAAGUGGUGGGGAUUGUGGGCUGCAAGUUAUGGCAUGGUGAGGGAGACUCGGAAUAGUCCAAGUAGGCUUUUGGUGGUCAUUGACACAUACCAUAGUGAGGUAUUCUACUAG